GCCGCCACUUUCUCUGUCCAGUCAUUCCCCUUGGCGGCUCCGGUCACCACCGUCUCGGAGGGAAUGAACGGGUACAGAAUCGGCCCGACGCUGGAGAUCGAAUCGAAGAUGGAGAUGGCCGGUAGGGUUAGGGUUUUGCACUUCUUCACUCACCAUGUGGAGGCUACAUCCAGUUGCAGAGUCGCCAUUGCUGAUAAUGAAGCUGAAUUUGAUUCCUAGGGACAAAUCUGUGGCUUCAGAUCAUAAAGGAAUGUUGAUGUGACAAAGUUUAAUUGCAAUUGAAACUAAGAACAAAGUGGGUUUGUACUCA